AUGAGGGUGGCCCUCCUUUUUUCCCUGAGCCUGCUAUUCCUCGCAGCGCAUGAUGUCCUGUGCAGCAAAAAAAAAGGAAAGCUACUUGGGAGUUUUCCAAAAAAUAGCAACUUAGUGGAGUACCUCUCCUUUUUAGUCGAGGAUGAAUACAAAACAUUGAUGCAAGAUGUGGACAAUGAAUUAGUGAACAAAAUAAAAAACAAAGAAAUAGUGACCAAGGAAAAUAUUGCAGCGACCUUAAAACUACUAGAUAAGAAGUAUAAAGAAAUUGACGAUGGGGCUAAGAAGAGGGCAAUAGCAAAUGUCAUUAUUGAUAUUAGGGAGUCUCUUCAGAAAAUUUCACCCCAAGUGGAGAAUAACAACCAAGAUGUGGAGAAUAAAAAAGAGCUAAGCAAAAGUAACUUUUUACUUAAAUUAGAAAAUACAUACAUCAAGAGAGAUUUAGCCAAUUUUAAAAAAAUUACGGAAGACAUAUCUAUAAGAAAAUCCUACUUGGAUAAAAAAUUUAAAAUGUGUGGUAUAUCGAGCGAACAGUUUUUAUAUGGAGCCCCAGGAAAAAUUAACUUAUCAGAUAGUAGCAUAAGAGAGAUAGAUUACCCUCUAUUCAUUAACAUUGUAAAUAAAGCUGCAUGUCAAGAUGAUUUCCCUUCAAGUAGCAGCUCCUUCCAAUCGAUUAAGCUUAACAAGUUUCUCGAUCUGUACAAACCCGUGCUUGAUUUCAACCUGGAGCUGCUAGAAAUUGCACUUAAGCAUGAAAUGAAGGCCUACGAAGACUCAAAGAAGGAGAUCUUUUUUCUCAUUAGAGAUCAUUAUAAAAAUUAUGGAGAAGUAAAGAAGUUCCAGUUGAACAUUCCUAUGAGCAAGAUUCCUGAUUCUAAACCAAAUGAUGAAAUGAAAAAAGAAAUCACGGAAUAUAACAGGAUCUUUACCUACUCUGGGGGGGUUUCUGAGAAUGGGAACAAAACGGCUGAUAAGUACAUCCUUGGUAGACAUGCUAAAGAGCCUGUGUAUAUUCAGCCCAAGAGAUUUAAAAGGAUUAUAAAAAUUCCCGUGAAAAAAAAAAAUUUUACAACUGAUAAAACUCAUGUUAAGGUCAAAUCGCCUGUCAAAGUUGGCCAACUCUUCCUUAGGAAGAAAGAAAACCCUGAGCAAGCCAAAAAGAAUAUAUGCGAGUAUCACAUAUUUUUAAACAAGAGUUCAGAAAAGGAAGACGAUGUAGAAGCCAGCACUGUUGCAGAUGCCUUUGCACACGCCAUUGCAGAUAUUGAUGCGAGGAGUGUGCCAAUGGAACACAUAACGGUGUCCAGCCCACACACAAACAGUAGCAAUAUUUUAAAAAGAAUAACAAUUAGAAAGUUUUUCCGUAAAGAUUCCACGGGGAAUGAAGUAUCAAGAGAUCAUCCACUACAGUUAGAACAUGAAGGACAAGCUGCACAACCCUCUCCAGAACGCGCCCAAUACAUUACAGAUGGCUCCUUUUAUGCCAUCCCCCUUAUCCAUUUUAACUACCCAUCAGGUAGUAUGUACUGUAUACCUUGUUCUAACUAUGACAAAAGGACAUAUGAAAAGUGCGCUUUUAGGGAGAAUUUUAUUAACCUCAAUUAUGGAAACAACUGUCUUGCUUGUAUCCCCGCUAGUGCACUUAACACUUGCAUCUGCAAUGUGAAUAGUAUGAACAGCUCAACGCAAGAUAUCCUGGUGAAACAUCCGGAGGCCAUUUUGCAUUACCCGCAUGACCAGAAUUGUAUUUACAACAACUUAUGCACCAAUUGUGUUCAUCCCAGUGGGAAAAUCUUUAACCUUUUUCAGAAAAGCUAUAUUUGCCCGUACUGUAAAUUAAGGAGACCGCCCAAGGAGGAGGAUCACAGUGUUGGGUAUGGGACUAAAGUGGCAUCCUGCGCGGAUCAGCAGGGCGGGUUCUCCGGACAGGCUGUGUCGAAUUUUACCAUCCUGGAUGAGGAUAAUGAUUGGGUCCAGAAGGAAGAGACUUCUGGGGAAAGAGAGCACGAUGAGAAGAAAACGCAAGAUGGUGAAAAACCACAUGGUGGCGAAGGGCAAGAUAAACCACUGGAUCCCAUUGAAGGGACGCAGCCAAAUGAAGGAAAUUUCCAAAAGACGUACAAGAUAGACGUGUCUACAAAUGAGUACGACGAAGAAAGACAGGGAGCCCCCAAUAGGGUGGUGCCCCUAAGUAGCGAUUUCUUCGAUAAAGGAAACUUAAAUCGCGGAGAUGGGACUCACGAUGAGGAGGAAGAAGAGGAGGAGGAGGAGGAGGAGGAGGAUGGGGAAGAAGAAGAAGAAGAGAAGGAGAAGGAAGAGGUGAAAGAAGGGGAGAAAGGUGGAGAAAAGGAGGGGGUAAAUGAACCAGAGGUGGUCGGAGAAGACGAGGAAAACAGCGAGGGAGAUGACGAAGAUGGAGUUAAAAGUAAGGAAAAAUCAUCCAGCAAGGAAGGAGACAACCAAAGGAACGAUCCUGACCCACGUAGGAAUAAAAAAGGAGCGGCAAAAAAAGGCAAAGAAAAAGAUGACGAAGCUGGUAAGAAGGACGCAAAACGAAAGCACAAAACUGAUAUCACUGGUGAAGAUCUCAAAAUGGAAGAAGAGGACGAUGACAUCGCAUAUGACACCAAUGUGUACGAUUUUGUUGAAAUGCUGAAGAACGAUAAGCACAUGAACUAUUUUAAGGACCUGUAUUAUAGCACUGUCCAUAACAAAGACAGUGAUGAAAAUAAGAAGGAAGAAAAAAGCUUCCUCCUAAACUUGAGGUUUUUAUAUAAGACCACAUUCUUUACCAGGAAGAAGACUAUUGUAAGCGCCUUUUUGAAAACGCCUAAUUUGGACGUUACGUACAACAAGGAGAAAAUCCUCUUUUUAUUCAAAAAUUUGUUCAUCAAAAUUUUUAAAGAUGUAGAUUAUAAAAUUAAGGAAUCGCUAGUGCAGAUGAUCCCGGUGAUUGAGCAUGAUGAAGAGGAGGAUGCAGAGCUAACCGGGUUCGACAUGGAUUUUGGAAAAGUCAAGGCGCACCAUGCUGGGUCGAUAAACAUGUUUAGGCACUCCGUUUUUGACAUACACAAUAUGGCCAUUUAUUUUAUUGGUCCGGAUGAAAAUUACAUUCUGCUCGAGGACAUCAUCAGAGAGAUACACGAGGAAAGGGAAGAUGAACCCUCCGAUGGGGGUGUGAGGCACUACCAAAAGGAGGACACCCAGGAGGGGGAGACGUUCCCGCGAGAGGAAGCGGCGGGAGAGGAAGUGUCAAACGAGGCGGCGGACAAGACUGAUGGCGGAGACCGACGGGAGGACAACCAAGACCAAGCGAGGCAAGUGGAACAGGAGAAGGAAGCAGAACGAGUGGGAACGGACAGGGACGGAGGUGUACACGAGGCGAAGGAGGACCAGAAUGAGAGCUUUCAGAAAGGUGAAGCAGAUCAGGAGAAGCGCGAAGCAGGCCAGGAGAAAGGCGAAGCAGACCAGGGGAAAGGAGAAGCAAAACAGGAGAAAGGUGAAGCAGAACAGGAUAAAGGCGAAGCAGAACAGGAGAAGCACAAGUCAAAGAAGGCGAAAAAAAAAAUGGACAAGCUGAAACUGAAAAAGACAAAGCUGAAUCAGGAGGCGGAUAAGUUGAAGCCGAAAGCAGAGGAGGCGAAGCCCAUGCUGGGUGGAGAGACGCAAGGCGAAGAAACAAAAUGGACGGACAAAUCGACGGACAGAUCGACGGACAAAUCGAUGGACGUCGCCCUCAGUGGAAAGGAAGCAGAAAGCAAAAAGGACCAACAAGAACACAAUGUAGACUUCCUGAAAAUCCUAUCGAAUUAUGGAAGCCUGCUCUCCAAGGAGGACAUAAACGUGAUCAAAGACAACUUAAAUAAUGUGUUCGUGGACAAAAGGAUAAUAAACGGAGGAGAAGUCAUAGAAAUUAUUAUAAAAAGAGAAGAGCCCAAGCAAGAGAAGGAAGAAGUAGACGAAAGUAACGAUAAGUACGAAUCCAUUUCCAUCGAUGGGGAUGAAGGAGUAGACGCCAUUAACGAAACGGUGAAGAAGUACAUGGAAAAAUAUUUCAGCGUUCACAAUAUACCGAUAUACUAUAUAGAAAAUGGGAGCAUCUCAAAGAACACCAUCCUUGUCACAUCGGACGUUAACUGCGAUUUGGACAUGCUCAAGAUGAGCAUCCUAGGAAUCAGCAACGUUACGGACAAGUCGAUAGAUCAGUUUAAUUUUUUCCUUGUCCCCAAGGAAGUCGAUUUUUACAACCAAAGCAAAUUUCAGGAAAUUCCACUCUCCAUCAGGAACGUACAAGAUUUGUACAACUAUAGCAAAUCGAUAGGGCGAAAAAUCGUGAUUGCUUCGGUUGAUGAGAAAUACCUGGACAGUAUAAGACCCAAAAGUUUCGACUACUUGUACGAGUCGAAUAGAGACGGUGAGGAGCUCUCCCCGGGGGAUGAGGAGUUUGUGCAGGCGCUCCCGGCGUCCGAAGUGACCGAUGAAGCGGCAUCCCAAAUUGGCGGCGGAAAGAUAACCCAACUGGGAGACGACAAGACAACCCAACUGGGAGACGACGAGGCAACCCAGCCGGGAGACGACACAGCAAGCAGGGUGCGCGGAGCAGACACCGCAACCGUGGGAAGCGAAAUUAUACUGAACAAGGCGAGUAAGAAAAAGGUACCUGAUGAGAAACCCCCAUCACUAAGGAACAAAGAAAACGAAAUCGAGUACAUAAACAAAGAAAUAACAAUUUUGGAAGAUGAAGAAUUGUACAGAAAGGGAAGUUAUUACAACUUUUUUGAAAUUUAUAUGGACAACCCGAAUCGAAAAGUGAGCAUCUACAACGCACCGAUACAGAAAACGUAUAACUUGAAUCUAUUCGCAGUGGACCUUAUGAACAAAAUAGUGCACGUGCCGUCCACAUUUAUAAACACCAACUCGUAUAAGAAGGGUAUGUCCAUCCUGGAAAUAUACACUUGCUUGGAUUACUACUCCUUUAACAGAAAGACGAACGUUAUUAGUUCCAUCAUUUACGACAAAUCGAUCACUUUAUAUGAAAUUUUGAAGCAUCUGAACGAGAAGGAGGAACAUUUGCUCAUUCGAAAUAAGAAGACUGAAGAGUGUGCAGAUGUGGACAAUUUAAAAAAUGUAAAAAUUCCACAAUCCAUAAAUUUGAAGGAUUCAAAAAUUAUACAUUUGGAAAUACCAAUUUUUUAUCUGGACGAACAAUCAUACUUUUAUCAUGAUAGAUUAACUCUGAUGAAUGUGCCAGAAAGUUUGACAGCAUUUGACUUGUGCAAUAUGGUGAAGAAUAUAAUUAACUCUAAAUUGAUUUCCUUCAAUAUAAAUACAAUUAAGGAUUUACAAAUUUUUACCAUCCGGGAGAAGAAGUGGGAAAAUGUGGAUGACAACUUAACCGUGAGUGAGUUAAAAAUGAACCACAAUGAUUUGUACACUCUUUUUAUUAAAAAAAGUUUUUUGACGAGAAAUAACUUCCAGACUUUAGCUAAUUUGGAAAUCGAUUUAGCGGAUAGCAACAUCUACAUAAAAAAGCUGGACAUUUACAUCAACUAUAAUUUUGGCCCCUACAGUUUGCACAAUUUGUCACUGUACAUUGACGCCAACAAUUUGAAGCAUCUGGUGCUGAGAAAUACGAAUGCGUUCAUAUCGGACUCCUUUUUGCGCGAGUUUUUCUUUGUCUACAGCAGGAGGCACCCUGUGGGGGAUGGUUAUCAAGUGGAGCGCGCAGAACCGGGGAAUGGUCAUCCGGUAAACUAUCAACUUAGCAGCGAUCAACUGAGAAGCAGCCAACUGAGCAGCGGAGAAAACCCAGAAGUGCAUAUCGAAGACGAGGAAGAAUCCAAAGGAGGAGGUAAAAAAAUAGCCUUCCUCUUCCUCCUCAAUAUGAUCAGCAGGUUCUACAAAAUAAAAUUCAGUGCAAACAGAAUGAUGGAGACCGUUCUAGCAUCUCUAUUGGAACUGAGUGGGAAGGACUCAAAUGAAAACCCACUACUGGAAGUGAAAAAAUCGUCCAAAAAGACCAAAAAUUUGGAACUCUACCUAGGGAACAACUCCAAAAAGAUAUCAGUAAAGAAUGUACCCCUGGCGUUAUUGGUGUGGAAAUUUAUCAACAUCCUGAUGAGAGGAUCCUUCAACAUACCCGUGGAAGAGAAAGAAAAGUUAUACAAUUUAUUUGUAAUCGUACCGAGGGAUAAAGACAAGGUGAGGAAUCACGACUACUACUUUAGCUCCAUCCCAGGAUAUACCAUCGAAGAAGUGGUAAAAAUUAUAGAAAAGGACAACCUACUAUUGAUGAAGGCAUACCCAGAUCAUCUGAACCACAUUCGGGACAGUGAACAUUUCGACUCGUAUAUGAUGUUCCCUCUUGAUUCACUUCCCUCUGUGAUCGAUUUUAACAACCCUGUUGGAUCUCUAAGCUUUUACGUUAACUACAAAAAUGAAAAAAAAAUUACACACAUUAUUAACGUGCCAGAGAAAAUAACCACAGAUAAGCUACUAAAAUCUAUACUGUUGGAUAUGUACUCCAAAUGGCAGAAGCUACCAAAGGAUGAAAAGAUUAAAUUUUCCCUUUACGUGAAUAACGACGAAAUAACGGAUGUGAAGAAGUACAUCAAUUCUGGGCAGGACGCACAGUUGCGUACCUUCAUCUCACUAGGCAAAAAGAAAAAUGAUCACCAAAGGUCUAAAAAGAAUUACGUCGACUUGGACAAAAUAUCCGAAGUAGAUACUAUCAACUUUACCGAUGCAGAAUUGAAGACGGCUCAGAUGUACGAUAAUGUCUUGAGGGAAAUCCUAGUAAAGGACUACAUCGAUUAUAAUAAUAUCUCCGUGAGUGGAUACACCCUCUCGAUUUACGUCUAUGACGGAGUGGCCUACAAGCCGGUAGUCAUUUUUAACGUCCCCUUGAGCGCAACAAAUAAGGACAUUAUAAACUUCCUACUGAUAAAGGCGAAUCAUAUUAACACGAAAAAAUUGGUAGACGAAUUUCUGCUGCUGAACGAAGAGUCCUUUAUUUUGAUGAAGACAAAAACUAUCGUGGAGCAAAAUGUCGUUUUUAUAGGAGAGCUCACAGAACUUAUCAAUUUGGACAGAAAAAAACUCUACAUAGUCCACAAGCCGCUAUUUAACCCACUAGAUGAUAUAUUCAGAAAUGUGGCAGGCAGAAAGUAUGACUUCAAGUCUGAAAAAAACACCGUGAUAAACGUGAGUGAGGAAAAAGGUACCCUCACCUUUAACCUCAUGUUUAACAAAAACAAGAAAAAAGUUUUAACUGUUCUGAACAUUGCACAUAAUAUGUACAUUACAGAAUUUCUACGAUUUGCCAUUGGAUACCAACGAAAGUGGAUCUACAAAUAUGUCAACUUUUACCUCAUUAAGGGAAGUGAAAAGUAUGUCUUAAAUGACUACAAGGACGUCAUACGGUAUGGAAGAACGAUUAGCGAAAUUUUUAAAAUGUGUAAAUCUGGAGAUCCAUGCACACUGCACAUUGAGAUUAUGGGCCAGGACUCAGCCAACAAGUUGAAGAAGGCAAACCUGGAGAACAAAGACAGGGGAAAUAUAGUCAUAAAGGAAUUAAGAAGAAAACUUGUGGCAGACGAAAUUGACAAUAAAAAGCUAGACCUCUCAGUUGUCUGCUUCGAGUACAACGCGGGACUUUACGAGAAGCACCUUUUUGGCGCUUCCAGAAUUUGUAAUAUUCCAAAAAAUUACACCGUGGCGGAUGUACUGACCCACGUCAAGACCAAGUUGAAAGAAGAAACGAAGUUGAAAAAUGUGGACAACCUAGAACUUAGAAUUAUAUUUAACGAAUCGUAUGUAACCAUACCCGAGGAACUGAACAUGGAAUAUGUGAUUAAUUACUACUUUACUGAUGCGCCUUCCAUCGUUUCUGUCUCAGAGAAGGAAGAAUUUCUAAACCUCGUUCAUCUGAUUCUCCACGAUACCGUUAUGGACAUAAAGAAUGACACCUUUGUGAAGAGGAGCAUACCGCUGUACAUAAAAAAGGGAAGACAUUUGCAAAAUGUGAAUUUGAAAAACAUACCUUUCGGCAUUACAGAGGACAGCUUGGUGACCUACCUGCUAAAUUAUUUAACAAAAAAUUCGGAAGUGAUUAAAUUUAUGAAGGACAACACGUCAGUGUGUAUCUACCCGAAUUGUGACCCUGUGUAUGUGCACGUCGAGAAGAAGCAGCUCUCCUUCGUUGCAUCUUUGUCCUACCACAUCGCCAUGAAGAAGAUCAUCUACUUGGCUACAGUCGAGUCCCAUGAAAAUUUCUACAGCCAAAUGAGCCACUUCGAAUUUAACUUUGAAAAGUCAAAAUAUUGUAGCGAAAUUAAGGCGGACAGAAGCAUCAGCAGCAAGGCCAACAAGAAGAAUGACGCAGAUGCACUAAUGAAUAUCGAUGUGAAUAUUCACUUCCCGAAUGUGCACAGAACUGUUCGAGUAAAAAAUUUCAACAUAAAUCUAGAAAUAGAUGACCUGUUGAGCAAAACGUUUCAAUCUAUAACAACGAAGAGUUACAAGUGGAAGGACCUGUUCACCUUUGUUGGCAGCACGUCCAAGUAUAACCAGAAUGACCAGGGGAAAGCCAAGCAUGAGGGAAGCUACCUGGAAGAUAAGAAGGCCAAGACGUUUAAGGAUUACCUGAUCGAAGAAGGAAACAUCACUUUCAUCUUUAAGUCGGAACAUAGUGCAAUACACGAUUAUUUAAUUUCCAGAGUUAUGUACAUGCCCGCUAUGAUAAACUACCAGACAAAAUACAUCUCUCUAAAAACGAGCAUUAGCGGUUUUCACAACAAUUCCACGACACUGUAUGGGUUCCCAAGUUACUUAACCCCCGCAUUCACACUCACCAUAGUGCAAUACAAUUAUUUCAAACUGAUAGGAAAGACGUACUUGGACCUCUUCGGGUGCUCCUACGAGGAUAGCUUUAACGAAGAGCCUCUGUAUGAGCAUACGCACAUGGCGUUGAAAAAGAAGAAUCCCAUUUUGAAUGAUUCCCUCAAGGGAGAAAGCAAAAAGGAGAAAAUGAGACUUAUCAUGCGGGUCAGAAAAAAAGAUGUGAAAUACAUUGACACAAUCAAGGAUUUGACAAACUCCGAAUUAAACAUAGAAUGCCAAAAGUUAGAAAAUGAGGAAGAUAUGGAGGAAUGUACUGAUAUGAUAUCAGCUCUCAACACGUCGUCCAUAUUCUGGAGGAGUGGUGUCUUAGGUUUUAUGGCCAACUCGGUGGUCAUCCGAGAUAACUACAACAACACGUUGAUGCUGCCAUACAUCGACUUUAGAGUGAAUGAAAAAAUUCUCCUCCAAAAUAUUUUGUGCCAUAUUAACUUGUCUCCUUACUUGUAUAAGCUCUUCGAAUUGACCCACAUUGAUAAAAAAGGAAUCAGUUUUAAGAAAGGACUAAAGAAUAGCGUGCCACAUAUUCAGUGCUUGUUAUCUUACGGAUUUAGCAUUUACUUCGAUCUGCAUCAUAACAACAAGCUGGAUAAUUAUUACGGGUUCCAAAUGGGGGGAGUAGAAUCUUUCGACAUAACCCAAGUACAUUCCUUCCAAAAUUUACAUGAACAACAUUUUGUGGAGUUCUUUCUUUACAAUUCUGAUGGCACACAUGUGUUUGUGAAGAAUGUAUAUAGAGACAUGACUGUUUCCACUCUCAUCAAUGAGCUGUCCAAGGCGAGACAUCACAUCCAUGGCGUGAAGUACAGCGAGGUGUCCUCGUUUUAUAAGCUCAUAUACAUCCUGGACGAAAAGGACGUAUUCGAAAUCAAGCCAGACGCGUCCAUUGAAGAUGUUUAUGACAUUGUGCUGAGGUACUCUAAGUCGAAUUUUGUCCUCAAAGUGGUGAAGAAGGACGGCCAGCGGGGCAGCGGUGAUCGUGGUGAUAGCGCAGAUCGUGGUAAUAGCGCAGAUCGUGGUAAUAGCGCAGACCGUGGUAAUAGCGCAGAUCGUGGUAAUAGCGCUGAUCGCGGUAAUAGCGCAGAUCGCGGUGAUAGCGCAGAUCGUGGCAGCAGCCUCGCGGAUAGCGACAUGCCCGAGAUGUACCUCAGCUCGUACCCCGCCAUCAUCGACCUGAGCCAAAACAACUUCCAAGUCGUCAUGUACCUACAGCUAAAGCCACUGGAAAACAACAACCUCUUCAGAGACCCAACCGUCCCAAAAAUUAUUAUCAACAAUGUCCCUUCCAGCACCUUUAUUGUUUCCAUCAAGGAGUACCUCCUCAUCUUAUUUAAGGACUAUUUUGAACGACAAGAACUUUCUCAAAAUUUCCACACCAAAUUUUACGAAUUUGAAAUCAACCUAGUAAUCGUCAGCUCCAAUCCCGUCACCAAAAAGAUACAAGAACUGAACGCGAAUAUUCUGAGCAACCUCACCGUGUCCAACUUUUACAGCGUCUACUACAACGCCGGUUUGGUUCUACAGCUAGACAAGAUCAAAAUUUUCAAGCCCAACUUUUACAACGACUUUAUUAACCACUUUUCCUCCGUCGUCAUCGACUUUUCUUACCAGUCUCUCCAGAAGAGCUGA